GAGAACAAGGCGUGCGGAGCUCGGAUCACCAGCAUCAUGCUCCUUGGGCUUGGAUCGUAGAUCCCCCUCUUUGAACAUUAAAAUAACUCCUUCGUCCAUCAGCGUCCCAGGCAGACCCAGCGAGAAAACGCGCACGUGAGAGAGAGGAAAAAAAGAGGAGGAAGAGAAAAAUCUGCAACCAAGUGGACUAAAGCAAAGAAAAAGAGUGCUUUGCUUGCACAGCUGCAAAGUGGGAAUUUAAAGAACUGCAGAGAGAAAUUCCAGCUCAUCAGCACAUACACAUUGCAGAAUUACAGAUCCAGGUAGAAAUGACAUCAACAGGGAAAGAAGGCAGCGGAGCUCAACAUGCACAAUAUGUUGGACCUUAUCGUUUGGAGAAAACCCUAGGAAAAGGACAGACAGGGCUUGUGAAGUUGGGGGUUCAUUGUGUCACAUGUCAGAAGGUCGCGAUAAAAAUUGUCAACAGAGAGAAGCUCAGCGAGUCGGUGCUAAUGAAGGUGGAGCGGGAAAUAGCCAUCCUGAAGUUGAUAGAACAUCCCCAUGUUUUAAAGCUGCAUGAUGUUUACGAAAAUAAAAAAUAUUUGUAUUUGGUGCUAGAACACGUGUCGGGUGGGGAGCUCUUCGACUAUCUUGUAAAAAAGGGAAGAUUGACACCAAAAGAAGCCAGGAAGUUCUUCCGACAAAUCAUCUCUGCUUUAGACUUCUGCCAUAGUCAUUCCAUAUGCCACAGGGACUUAAAACCAGAAAACCUACUGCUGGAUGAAAAGAACAACAUCCGGAUAGCAGACUUUGGGAUGGCAUCGCUGCAGGUUGGGGACAGCUUGUUAGAAACCAGUUGUGGAUCACCACAUUAUGCUUGCCCUGAAGUUAUCCGGGGAGAAAAAUAUGAUGGAAGGAAAGCAGACGUCUGGAGCUGUGGAGUCAUUUUAUUUGCGUUGCUAGUGGGUGCCCUGCCUUUCGAUGACGACAACUUGCGGCAACUGUUGGAGAAGGUGAAACGUGGAGUUUUCCACAUGCCACAUUUUAUCCCCCCGGACUGUCAGAACCUUUUGCGGGGGAUGAUUGAAGUGGAUGCCUCGAAACGUCUCACGCUAGAACAUAUUCAGAAACACAUAUGGUAUAUAGGGGGUAAGAACGAGCCAGAACCAGAGCAACCAAUCCCUCGAAAGGUGCAGAUUCGUUCUCUCCCUUCCUUGGAGGAUAUUGAUCCAGACGUGUUAGAUAGCAUGCACUCGUUAGGCUGCUUCCGUGACCGAAAUAAACUCUUACAGGACUUGUUGUCAGAAGAAGAAAACCAAGAGAAAAUGAUUUAUUUUCUUCUACUUGACCGGAAGGAGAGAUAUCCUAGUCAUGAAGAUGAGGAUCUUCCCCCUAGAAAUGAAAUAGAUCCCCCCAGGAAGCGUGUGGACUCCCCAAUGCUGAACAGGCAUGGGAAGCGGCGGCCAGAAAGGAAGUCGAUGGAAGUUCUCAGUGUGACAGAUGGCGGCUCUCCAGUCCCCGCUCGCAGAGCUAUUGAAAUGGCACAACAUGGACAGAGGUGGGUCUCUGCUUUACCCAGGGCCGACAACAGGAAUCUAGAUGACUAUCUUGGAUUAGGUGCCUGGCUUUUGGGCACCCGAAUUUAA